AUGAAAGCUGAAUUGCUUGGGUGUGGUUUGACUGUUGAAGGACAGUUGGGAGUUCGAUUAAAUGAGCCGAAUAUUGUGGUUCCGGAGAGAAUAAGUGAGUUUUUUUGGGGGGAAAAUUGAAAUUGGGAAAAGUUUUUUUCUGAUAAAAAUUACAGAAAGUUUAAAAUUUCUGGUAACUCAAGAUUUCGCAAUUCUGGAAUUUUGCUGAAAAAUUUUUGAAUCUAGAAAAUUUGAAGGUUUUUCAGUCAGCCAGUAUUUUGGAGCUGAAAAUUUAAAAAUUCUGAAAAAGUUUUUAAAUCUGAAGUUUUUUUUCAGUUAGCCAGCAUAUAUUUCGAAUUUCUGAAAUUUUUUUGUUAGAAAUUUUAAAAUCUAGAAGCCUCUGCAGAAUUUUAAAAUAUUUUUCAAAUUCAAAAAGAUUUCGCAAUUCUGGAAUUUUUCUGGAAAAUUUAAAGGUUUUUCAGUCCUUUCCCGAAGCCUUUUGGAGCUGAAAAUUUUGGUGAUUUGACUUUGAAGUUUUGUUCAAAAAUUGAAAUCUUAAAAGCUAGUAAUCAAGCUCAAAAAAGCUGAAAACUUCUGAAAGCUUUUUAAAAAAAUCGAUUUUUUGAAUCAUACAUUUCGUAAUCGUAAUAAUUUUGCCGAAAAUAUCUGAUUUUCAAUGAAGUUUUUUGAGCGCAGAAAUUUUUGAAAUUCUGAAAUUUUGCUCACAAAAUUGAUAGCUGAAAAGCUACAUUUAAAAAUUUUCUUCAAAUUCAGAAAUUUCAAAUCUGCAAAGUUCAUUUUUUCGCAUUUCGAAAUUCAAAUCGUGAUUUCAAGCUCCAUGGGAGUGCUCACAGAAAUUUCUGGCACUUUAUGACUUCUGGAUCGUUUUCAGGAUAGUCGAAUUAGUGAAUUUCAUCAAAAUGUUUAAAACUAGAAAAUCUGAAGCUUUUUCAUUACUUUUUUCUUUCAAAAAUUUGAAUCCUGGAAGCUUUGGGCUCCAUCAAAUUUGCUCAGCAAAAUCCCCCUCUCAAAAAAAGAAAAAUAAUUUCCAGUCGGAGCGCCCAACGACAUCGACGGAACAUCCGUAAAACAAGUUGCUUGCGGCGAAAACCACACACUUUUCCUAACAAAAGACGGAAAAAUCUGGAGUGUUGGCGGAAAUACAGACGGACAACUCGGAAGAGGCGGCAGUUGCGAAGGAUCCUUCUCGAUCUAUCCAGUCGCCUCGUCGCAAGGUGUUGAAUUCAUUCAAAUCGCCGCAGGACGUGCGCAUUGUAUUGCGGUGGCUGAGGAUGGCAGAGUUUUCACUUGGGGCAGUAAUGAACAUGGACAAUUGGGAUUGACGAGUUUGAUUCAGCGACAAGAGACACCGAAAAGGGUGAAGACGUUGAAUGAGGUUAUUCAGAUUGCAGCUGGAAGUGAUCACUCGAUUGCUUUGACGGAAUGUAGGUUUUUCACGGGAGGGAGAUUUUUUUAAAAAUUGUUGAGAACCUGAAAUUUCAUCUAGAAAAAUAAAGCCCUAGUGUUAUAACAGGGCUGAUUCACGAACGAAAAUUGAUCUUUCGAUGUUAAAAAACAUUUUUUUUUCGUUCGUAAAUCAACCCUAAACAGUUUUUUUAAAUGUUUAGAACAUUAGGGCUUUAACUAAGGUUAUAUUUCUCAAAGUGUAAUUUACUGGCUGAAAAAUUUCCCGCAUUUCUUGAAAAAGUCAACGCGAAAGUGAGAGGUUAAGAGAAAAAUAUUUUUUGAUCUACCAGAAAUGAAAAAUGUUAUUGUCCAUCCUGACGAAUUGAUCAGUGGGAUUUUGUGAUCUACUGUCUGAAUCUCUCGUUUCACACACUAUUUUGGUUUCAAACUAUAAACAUUCUGUAGGUCAAUUGUUCAAUUCGUCAGGAUGGACAAUAAUAAUUUAUCCCAUGACUGAAAAAUUUCAUAUUGAGGCCAAAUUUCUAUGAUUUUGAAUUCAGAAAUGUCAGAUUUCUUCUUUUUCAAGUUAAAAAUGACAUUUUCGGGAGGAAUUUCUGUGGAUUUUUUUUGAAGCAGCUUCUGAAACUUCAAAAUCAUAGAAAUUUGCCCUCAAUCUUAAAUUUUUCAGUCAUUGGAUAAAUUAUUGACCCAUGUUAGGGUCGACUAAUAUGAGUUAUGAGGUGGCGGGACUUUAGGAGGUCAAAACUCGUUUUUAAAAUGAUUUUCUUGCAAAUCUGAUAGCACUGGGAUUUGUUCAGGAGCAGAAUUCGAACUUUUUCUAAAAAAUCUUUUGGAUUUCUGAAUGAACCCAAUUUAUGAAGGUUCAUUCAGAAAUCUGAAAUAUUUUUCAGAAAAGUUUAAAAUUUAAUUAAAUUUUUUCCAGCCGGCCGUGUUUUUGUUUGGGGCGAACAAGCCGAUGGAAGAUGCAUCCAUGAACCGAUUCUUGUUGAGGAAUUGAGUGCGAUUCCAAUUGUCAGAGGUUUGAUUUUGUUUUUUUUCGAAAUUUUCAGCCUCCACUUUUCACACAAAAGCAGAUUUUGAUUUAAAAAUUAGCAAUUUUCAGUUGUUGCCGGAAGUCGACAUUGUAUUGCGAUAUCGGCGAGUGGAAGUGUCUAUUCUUGGGGACAAAAUGAUCACGGACAAUUGGGUUUUGAUGAUCCGAGACGUGAGUUUGGAAGAAAAACUGAAAGUUUCACAAAAAUCUGAUAUGAAAAUCUAGAUUUCAUUGAUUUUCAGCAAAAACUAAUUUUUAAGAGCAAAAAUCUUGGAAAUUUUAAUCAAAAUCAAUUUAAAACCCUGGUUUUUGACCAAUUUCUGUUUAAAAAAAAUUAUAAAAAUUCAAAUUUUAUUUUAUUUUCCAAACGUGAACUAAUUUUUCUCCCCUGAUCAUUCCUAAUUCUCACCCCCGGCCCUCAUGACGUCAUAUCUUUCAAGCCCGAACCCGCGCCUUCCACAUCGAACAAAUGGAUGGUUUUGGUGUUGUUGAGGCGGCUUGCGGUGAUGCGCACACCGUGCUAUUGACAACAAAUGGACGACUAUUCAGUUUUGGAUCGGAUUCUUUGGGACAAUGCGGUUUUGAGAGAAAGUUUGUUGAUUUUCUGGGAUUCUUUGCGAAAUUUUUGUAUUUUUUUGUAGAACAGAAAAGCGAACAAGUCCGACUGCUAUUUCGGAUUUGAUAGGAAGUCAUGUGACAAGAGUUGCAGCUGGAAGGUAGGUCAACUAGCUGAAAAUUGAGAAAAUGUAGAUUUUUGCGGCAAAAAACACGAAUUUUGAUGGAUUUCCCCAAAACCUUUCAUUUUCAGCAAUUGUGGGCCAAAUUUUGACCCAAAAAUUCAAAAUUUUCAAAACAAAAAAUACGUUUCAAAAUUUUGAUAUAAUUUUUGGUCAAAUAUUUUUUUAUUCUCAAUUUCAUGGAUGUUUCGCCUGAAAAUUUUAACUCAAAAGUUUCCGAUUUUCGAAAUGCCACGUCAGCUAAAUUUAUUCUAGGAUUUCAGCUCAAAAUUUCAUUUUUAGCAAAUUUUUACUCAAAAAUUCCAAUUUUUCAAAAACAAAAAAUAUACGUUUCAAAAUUUUGAUAUAAUUUUUUGUCAAGUAUUUUUUUUUCAAUCCAUUUUGUGAUCUCGAUUUAAUCAAAAUUGGAAAAUUCUCAAAUUUUGGAUAAAGAUUCAUGAAAAUUUAAAGUAUUCUCAAUGACUGAACAAUUACAAAGCUGGGAAAAUUUCUUCAGAUUCUUUUUCUUCAGAAAUCCUUUUUGAACACCAUUUUUGAUGUUCUUUGAGCUCAAAAUUGCUUUUUUCCGGCAAAAAUUGAGAAAUUUCAUGUUCUUUGAGUCUAGAAACUUUAGAAAUCUGAAAAUGUAGCUUUUCGGUGCAAAAAGCACGAAAUUUCAGCUCAAAUUCUCAUUUUCAGCAAAUUUUGACCCAAAAAUUCCAAUGUUUCAAAACCAAAAAAAAUACGUUUCAAAAUUUUGAUAUAAUUUUUGGUCUAAUAUUUUUUUUCAAUUUUAUUGGCAUAAUUAUAAUUGAAUAAAUCAAAACCAAAAUUUGGAUAAAAAUUCCGAAAUUAAAUACAAUUUUCUAGAUGUCACACCUUAGCAAUCGUAUCCGGAUUUGUCUAUCCAUUCGGUCUCAAUUCAAGCGGUCAACUUGGAAAUGGAAGUGUUCGAACACAAGGUUCACCAAGAAGAACCGAUGAAUUGGAUCAUGUCACAAGUGUUUUUGCCGGAUGGGAUCAAUCAUUUUUCUUGCGAUCCGCGAAAUUAGAAGUGAAUCAAGAGGUUGGACCGUGUUCACAAGUGAAAUAUCCACAAAAAUUGACACGCGAGAAUUUGGAAGCCGCUUUGAAGUCUGGCGACAAAUUGAAUGUUAUUGCGUGAGUUUUUUGCUGUAACUUGAGUUGCUGGAAAUUCUCCUUGAAACUAAGAUUUUUAGAUUGAUCGAAUCCGUAUUCUCCUCAGCAAGUUGUAUCAAUAAUUCAUUUUUAUAUCCGGACGAUCGACGAUUUUGUGUUGGAUUUGAUAGAUCGCAUGGAAUUGACAUGGAUCAAGUUAUGGAAGCUUUUUUAUUGUUAGAUGAAUGUAGUUCGAGACAACAAUAUUAUGAAUUGGUAAUUAAUCUAACUGGGAGCUUGAACAAAUUUUUGAAAGACUUUUUUUGGGUCAAAAUUUGGCCAAAACAGUAGAGCUGAUUCACGAACGAAAAAUAUGUUUAAAAAUAUUUUUUUAACAUCGAAAGAUCAAUUCACGAAAAGUCAAAAAAUGUCAAAAAAACAUUAUAGGUCAAAAUUAGUUUUUCGAGUUUUUCAACCAAAAAUGAUGACAAAUCGAGAUUUUUCAAGCUUCUGGAGUGAUUUCUGAUUAAAAUUGACUUUGGAAUUCACUUUUCAGAAGUUUUUGCUGAUUUUUCGUAAAAUAAAAGUUUUAAAUUUUGAUGAAUUUCGAGAAAAUCAAUAAAAUAAAGCUAAAUAGUGUUCUCGAAGCUUAUUUUCAUCAGAAAUUAAUCCAGAAGCUUUUUUUCUCCAAAACCACAGUGAACCAAAUUCUCCAGAAUUUUUUAUGCAAAAAAUUCUGAACUUCAAAAUUUCUGUCAGUGAAGUUGAAAAUCUUCAGAUUUUUCAAAAAUUCAUUAGAACUUUGUCAAAUUUGACCUGAAAUUUCUGAUGUUUCAGUUUUUCUUCAAAUCUAAAACUACCCAAGAUUUCUAGAAUUUUUUCCGAUGAAAAAAAAUAAUUCAGUGGAAUUUAUUCAAAUUUGUACAUUUUUCUCUGAAACCUGGUUUUUCAACAACAAAAAAGGGCUGAUGUCAAAAAUAAUGACAAAUCGAGGAUUUUUGAAAUUUUUGGAGUAAUUUCCGAUGAAAAUAAGCUUCGAGAACCCUAUUUCGCUUUAUUUUAUGAAUUUUUUUCGAAAUUCAUCAAAAUUUAAAUUUUUUAUUUUACGAAAAAUCAGCAAAACCUUCUGGAAAGUCAAUUUUCAUCAGAAAUCACACCAGAAGCUUGAAAAAUAUUGAUUUGUCAUCAUUUUUGGCUGAAAAACUCGAAAAACUAAUUUUGACCUUCAAUGUUUUUUCGACAUUUUUUGACUUUCCGUGAACUGAUCUUUCAAUGUUAAAAAAAAACAUUUUUCUUUUUCGUUCGUGAAUCAGCCCUAGUAAAAAAAUAGCUCAAAAUUUGGCCAAAACAGUUACGAAAUUUCUCAAAAUUUGGCCAAAUUUUCAGCCCAAGUCCUCUCAAAAUCAAAAUUAUUUCCAGAUUGCUGAAAUGCUAGCCAUGUCGCUUGAAUCCACCUCUUCCUACAUUCCAUCGGUUGAAAGACUUCGGCUUUAUCUCAUUCUACCCUGGCUCACCGUAUUCUCGGAAAAUGUUAACGAAAAUACUGUGAAACGCUUUCAUUUGCCACUCUUCAAACAUUUAUGCCAAAAUACGAAUGAAAAACUCGGAAAUGUUCUAGGUGAGCGCGAAAAAACGCGAAAAAAAAAAGUUUUUUUCAAAAAAAACGAGAGACUCAGGCAGUAGAAAACUCCGGAGUUUCGCCGAAAUGGAACGAGAAUGUCGCUAAAGAGGCUCCAAACCCGGUUCCGGAUCUUUUCUCGGUACGCUUUGGCGAUUCUCCGGAACUUUUUUGUCGAUUCUCCAGAGUUUUUUUGUUUUUGUCGCCUGCUUUUUUCGAAUACAUUCUAGUCUUUCACUCUCAAAAAUCAAUAUUUAUUUUCAACAAACAGGAAAAAUUAGUUAUUUUCUGAUUGUUUCAAUCUCCAAACGAGUAGAAUAUAAGCAUCAGAAGAUUCCUUUGGCAUUCUAAUGAAGAUUUGGUGUUGACUUCGGCAAUUUUUUGACAAGAACUUCUGUUUCUUAUCAUUUUGAGCCAACGAGGAGAGCUGCAGCACUGUGUGGAGACGCCAUAAGCCAUUUCAUGCUGAAAAUUGAGAAAGGAUAAUAGAUUUAUAAGGAUGAUUUUCCAAGAGUAUUAUUAAUCGUAAUUUCUCACUUUGAAAUUGUGAACGACCAUUUUGAGAUAGGAUGUGAUAAUGGUCAUAAACUUGAAAUUUGGAAACUUUCAAAGCUCAAAAACUCGAAAAACAAACGUUCAUCGAUUUUCUUUCUCAUGACUCACCUCAUAAAUAGAAUACAUCUUGUGAUUCACGAUUUUGGAAAUAUUGCAAGGCGAUCCUCCAGAAAUUAAAAUUGAACGAGGAUCUGCUUUCGAAUUCUCCUAGCGCAAGGGGAUCCAAUUGAAUCUAUAAAUAAAACUAGUAUUCACUUCUGUUAAAGAAACUUCACUCACCAGCAGCAAAAAUCGCUAAUUGUAUUCCAAGUCCAGGUUGACUUCUAUCCAUGACGAUUUCGUAGUUCGCACAUUGCUUCUAGACGAUUUCAAUUGUCUGAAAAUUAUCAAAUCAGGCAAAGACACGCUGAAAACUGAGCAAUUUUGAAGGAAUAGCAAAAACUAGAAAAACGAAAAAAAAUGAAAUGAAAAAAAUGACUCGUCAUUGUCAUCAUUCGAUGGAGCGCGUUCGAUCGACAGCGAUUUGCUCCGGAGAUUCGCCAAAACCAAACUAGAAAGGCGUGCCAAACUAGAAAAAACAGGCGCUCUCUCGAUUUUCUGUACCCACUUUGGCCUAUCUCCAGAGUUUUUGCGUUUUCUGGUUCCCCUCCGGAGUUUUCUACUGCCUGAGGAGAAGAGAUAGGCUCCGCCCACUUUACACACAAAACAUAGCGAGUGGCGCGACGCGUUUGUGUGUCGGUGACACGAUUUAUUGAAAAGGGGGAGAGGCCCCGCUUUGGUUAGUCUUCAGUAGAGGUCAUUACUUGAUCUGCAACUGAACAUGAUGAACUCGGGCGAUGAUUGUUUAUUGAUUAUAUCGCACGGCGGGGCGGGAACGCAAUACCUGCCUGUCAGCCCGAAUCUGACACAGUUUUUGAAGACCUCAAAAAGCCUAGAAUGGCCUGGAAUAAUUAUAUGAAAUUUAAUUUGAAAAAAAAAUUCUAAUUGAAAAAAUGUAAUUCGAAUUCCUGUUGGGGUGAUUCAAAAUUUCAUGGAUUUUUUUCUGGUAAAAAUUGAAAUUCUUAGGGUCCAGAAACUGAAAAAUCCGAAAAUAUAGCAAAAAUCACAAAAUUUCAUGGAAGUUUCUCUGAAAAACUUUAAAUUUUCGAAUUGCUUUUGUUUUUCAGGGAUUCUGAGAAAUUAGGACUCAAAAAGUCUAAAUUUUAAAAAACCAAAAAAAUACGUUUCAAAAAUUUGAUAUAAUUUAUUAUCAAAUAUUUUUGUCAAUGUUUUUUUUGGUUUUACAUUAUUGUCAUUCCGAAAAUAAAAGCCCCCCUUUGGAAUUGGCGCUCACGUACAGUAGACUAAAAAUGACGUGACACAUGCACAUCAAACUGGUUGGCAAAUAGCCAACGUGUAAAUUUCGCAUUUUAUUUUUCAAAUAGACUCCAAAAUUUUGCGAAGUCUACUGUGGUCUUGGUUUCCUAGGCCAUUUCGGUUCUCUUCCAAGGUUCAUAUUUUUUCGGAAUGACAACAUGCAUAAAUCAAAACCAAAAUUUGGAUAAAAAUCCUGAAAUUAUCGAUUUUUUGAUCAUAAUUCAUGAAAAUUAUAAGUAUUCCCAAUAACUGAUAAAUUUUAAAGCUGAAAGAAUCUCUUAAAAUUUUCCUUUUCAAAAAUUGGGGUGAGUAAAAGUUUUGGAUCGAAAUCUGUUCUGAAAUUCAAGUUUUCAUGGGGUGAUUCAGGUUGAAAAAAACUGAAAAAAAAAACUUUUUUAACAAAAAUUUCCGAUUUUUGACCUGAAUCACAUCAUUUUUUCUUCAUGAAAAUUUAUCAUUUAUUGAGAACAAUUAUAAUUUUCAUGAAUUAUGAUCAAAAAAUCGAAAAUUUCAGAUUUUUUGUUCAAAUUUUGGUUUUUUGAUUUGUGCAGGGGAUAUGCAUUGACAAAAAUAUUCGAUAAUGAAUUAUAUCAAAAUUUUGAAACGUAUUUUUUUGGUUUUUGAAAAUUCAGAAUUUUUGGGUCAAAAUUUGCGGAAAAUGAGAUUUUUAGCUGAAAAUCCCUAUGAUUUUUGAGCAAAAUUUUCAGAUUUUUAAAGAAAAAUUAUUUUUUGGUUUCAGAGUUUUUGAGUCGCUUUCGAGCUGAAAAACAAAAGCAAUUCGAACAUUGAAAGUUUUUAUGAGAAACUUCCAUGAAAUUUUGUGAUUUUUGCUACAUUUUCGGAUUUUUCUCGAAGUGUUCAGUUACGGGAAUCAAAGAACUUCAGUUUUUUUCCGUAAAGAACGAAUUUAGAGCCUCAAAUUUAUCAAAAAUAAAGAUUUUCAAGUUUUAUAGCUGAAAAUGAUUAAACAAAAUUUUAAAAAAAUUCAAUUCGGAAAAUUAUGAGUUUUCUAGAAAUUUCCAGCGCCUUCUAAUCUCACAAAAAUGUAUUUCAGAACGAUGGUGGAGUGAGAUGUCUGCACGACAUUUCCGACGAAUUGUUGUUGUCGCAAAAGCCGCUGUCCGAUGUUUCGUAGCAGCCAAAAAGAAGCCGUUCGAAUGUCAAGAAUUCCUUCACGUUCUCAAUCGCCUUCACACCAUCAACAAGAAAUAUCACAUUGUACCACUUGAGAUUUUCUAUGUUGAUGAAUUGAAUGAUAAUUUCGAUGUGAAAUUGGAUUAUGUGGAAUGGGUUGCUGGGAAACAGCAACAAGAUGAUGACACGUCGCCUUUUAAUCAUUGGUCGAAUUGGUCGUUUUUGUUGAAUGCGGCGGCGAAGGGAAAUUUGUUGCAUGUUGAUGCGCUUUGGAAACAACAUGUUAGUUUUUUUGGGCAUGAAAUUCCACGUUUUUUGAGUCUAAAUUUGAUUGGGCUUUUUUUGCUCAAAAAAAAAUUCUGAAAUUCAAUUCAGAAAGAAAUUCCACGUUUUUUGAGCCCUCACAAACCUAUUUUUGAAAUUUGCCACGUGACAUAUUUCAAAAAUAGGCAUUUUGACGCCAGAAAAGCUUAUUUGACCCUUUUCGUCUCGAAAAAAUCCUGAAUUCAAAUUCAGGAUGAAAUUCCACGUUUUUUGAGUCUAAAUUUGAUUUGGCUGGUUUUUUCUCAAAAAUAGAAGUUCAGCCCUCAAAAUUUCAGAUUUUUCUUGGGAAAAAAUUUGAAUUGUUUUCCAGUGGAAAAUUUGGUUGAAAAAUCCACGUGGCAACUAUUUUAUGAUGAUUUACUGCCUGAAAUUUCAUUCAUUUUUACACGAAAAUUUCAAAAUUUCAGUGUUCGAAGAUUUUCGUAGAAUUGUUUUUCGAUUGAAAAUUUGGUUUCAAAAUCCACGUGGUAAGUUUUGAAAUUUUGAAAAAUUGGAAAACUUCAUAUAAAAAACUCCGAAUUUUGAUGCGAAAAUUAAAAAUUUUCAAAAAAAAAUCCACGUGGCAAAUUCUGGAACUUUUUUCUUCAAAAAAAACUUUAAAAAUAUUUUCUGAUUUGGAAAAAAAAUAAAAAUGAUUCUGAAAAUCAGCUCCAAGUUCUACUCUGGUUUUGUGCUCCCAGAAAUCCUGGAGCACUUUUUUUUCGAAUUUAUUGAGUCUAAUAUUGAUUUGGCCUUUUUCUGCUCGAAAUUCCACGUUUUUUGAGACCACACAAGCCUAUUUUUGAAAUUUUCCACGUGGCAAUAAUUCAAUUUUUUGGCGCUAAAAUUUGGAGCGUUUUGAGACCCAACUUGACUAAAAUCCACGUGGCAAAAAAUGCAAUUUUUUCAUGAAAUCCAACAAAAAAUAUUUUUUUCACAGGUUCGAGUUCAAAACUCGCAAGUCAACACCAUCUUCGGCUCAUUCUACAAAGAAAUUCCGGUGCUCGAAAUCCAUGUGCGACGAGAUUUUAUCGUUUCCGACACGAUGAAUCGAAUGGCCCACCUCGACACUUCUGACCUCCAAAAACCGCUGAAAGUCAAAAUUCAGGGAGAAGAAGCUGACGAUGCUGGAGGUGUGAGAAAGGAGUUUUUCAUGAUUGUUAUGCCGAAAGUUUUGCAGCCAGAGUUGGUUUUUUUGGGGGGAGGAAUUCCGGGAUUUUCUGGAAGUUGUCUGAAAUCGCAGAAUUUCAUUCCUAUGACGUGGCAAAGUUUUCGUAGAAUUGUUUUUUGGUUUGAAAUUCCACGUGGCAAAAAAUUUCUGAAGAUUUUCGUAGAAUUUUUUCUAAUUGAAAAUUUGGUUUAAAAUUCCACGUGGCAUAUAUUUUAUGAUGAUUUACUGCCUGAAAUUUCAUUUUUUUACACAAAAAGUUUUGAAAAUUGCAAGUUCUGCUCUCAAAAUUUCAGAUUUUGAAGAUUUCCCUAGAAUUGUUUUCCAAUUGAAAAUUUGUUUUCAAAAUUCCACGUGGCAAAUUUUGAACCUUUGAAAAAUUCAUUAAAAACUCCGAAUUUUGAUGCAAAAGUGAAAAUUUUUCGAAAAAAAAUCCACGUGGAAAAUUCUGCAAUCACAAAAUUUCAAAAAUUCGUUUUUCUUUUCAAAACUACUAUUUCUCCAAAUUUCAUUUCGAAUAAAAAUUUGUAAAUAAAAAAAAAGAUUUUCUGAAAGUUGUCUGAAAUUGCAGAACUCAAUUCCUAUGACGUGGCAAAGUUUGAAAAUUUCGAAAAAAAAAUCAGGAUUUUAGAGCUUCAGAAAUGAAAAUUUCAUCGAAUUCUUAAGACUCAAAAAUGUGGGUGGAGCUUAUUUGCAAGCCUGGCACCGUUUUGAAAACACGGAAAAACCUGUGCCAGGCUUGCAAAUAAGAUCCGCCCACAUUUCUGUGCCAGGGAAUAUUUUUCAACAAGAAAAUUUUUUUCAGCUAGUUUUCAGCCCCUGAAAUCUUUUUCAACUUUGCCACGUCAUAACUCAUAUUAGGAGUUGAGUACUGUAAUUUUAGACAACUUUCAGAAAACUACUAGAAAACAUAUAUUUUCCAAAAAUCUAAUCAAUUUUCAGAUAUGGAAUGUUUGUUGAAGAUGAAACGUCGCAUUUAGUUUGGUUCAGCGGUUUGCCCGAAAUAAUCUGUGAUCGAGAACAAUUCCGACAACUCGGAAGAUUGGUCGGUUUGGCGAUCUAUAAUCAAAUCCUCGUCCCAUUCCCAUUUCCUCUUGCUUUAUACAAACUUCUUCUCGAACAAUCGCCAAGUUUGGAAGAUUUGAUUGAAUUGUCGCCGAUCGAAGGAAAUGGUUUGCAAAGUUUGUUGGAUUAUGAAGGAGAUGAUAUUGAAGAUGUUUUCUGUUUGAAUUUCACAAUUAGUUUUAAUUGUUUGGGAGAAUCGAAGAGUGUUGAAUUGUGCAAAGGUGGAGAGGGAAAGAAUGUGAAUAAGGAGAAUCGACAGGCAUAUGUUGAUGUGAGUUGGAAUUUCUAUUUUGGUCUGGGGAAAGUGUGGGUUCCAAAAAUCGUAGGAAAAAUAUUCUUCUAAAAAAUUUGUGGAAAACAAAAUCUGAAAUAAUUUCUGAUGAUUUACCGCCUGAAAUUUCAUUUUUCACACAAAUAUCUGAAGAUUCUGGUAGAUUUUUUUUCCAAUUGAAAACUUGGUUUCAAAAAUCCACGUGGAAAACAAAAUCUGAAAUAGUUUCUGAUGAUUUUCGUAGAUUUUUUUUCCCAAUUGAAAAUUUGGUUAAAAAAUCCACGUGAAAAAUUUAAAUAUCAUCUGAAAUUCCGAACUUUCCGACAAAAAUUAUUAACAAAUUUUUCAGUUGAAAAUUUUGUUCAAAAAUUCCACGUGGCAAAUUCUGGAACUAUUUUUCCAAAAAAUCGCAAAAACCCAAAUUUUCAUUCGAAAAUUUUGUGGGAAAAAAAAAUCCACGUGGCAAACAAUUUCUGAAGAUUUUCGUAGAUUUUUUCCAACUGAAAAUUUUGUUGAAAAAUCCACAUGGCAAAUAUUUUAUGAUGAUUUACUGCCUGAAAUUUCAUUCAUUUUUUACACAAAAAUUUCAAAAUUGCAAGUUCAGACCUCAAAAUUUCAGAUUUUGAAGAUUUUCGUAGAAUUUUUUCUAAUUGAAAAUUUUGUUGAAAAAUCAAAGUGGCAAAUUUUGAACCUUUGAAAAAUUGGGAACUUCAUAUAAAACUCCGAAUUUUGAUGCGAAAAUUGAACAUUUUCAAAAAAAAAAUCCACGUGGAAAAUUCUGCAACCACAAAAUUUCAAAAAUUCGUUUUUUUUUUCGAAUAAAAAUUUUGGAUUUUUUUAAUGAAGAAAAUUUUAAAAGAAUCAGAACCUUUGAAAAAAUGCCACGUGGCAUAUUUUGCAAAGAAACUUUUUUCAAAAAUCCUUGGGAACUAUUUUCUGAUGAUUUUUUAGCCAAUAAUUGGUUUGAUUUCCAGAAAAUUCCAGAUUUUUUUGACAAGAAAACCUGUUUUGCUCAAUUUUGUCCAUAGACAGCUUUUUGGGCUCAAAAGGACCUCUGAGCCAAGUUCUGGGCUCUCAAAAGUUCAAAAAUUAAUGAUUUUUGUGAAAAACUGAAUAGCAGACCGAAGAGCAUUGAAUUUUAGGCCAAAAAAAUAUUUUUGAAAAAAAAAAAUUUCCCCCCCUGAAACCCCCCCAUAUAAUAUUUCAUGUGUUUUUCCCUGUCAGCUCUACGUCAAACAUCGUCUAAGUCUCGGUUUGAAUGGCGAAAUUGCGCAACAGGCUCGAUUGUUUUGCGCCGGCUUCCGCGACUCAUUGAACAGUCGAAUUUUGUCGUUUUUCCAACCGCGUGAGCUCAUGGAAUUGGUUGUUGGCAAUGAGAAUUAUGAUUGGAGCCAGUUUCGAGAGGUUUGUUGUUUUUUGUGCUCUUUUUUUUGCGCGCGCAACAAAAAAACAGUAGGAAAAUACCAACAAAUGACGUAAAAUGUUUGUUGAGUGCACAACAAAAUGCCGGAAAUUGAAAAUGAUGAUGAAAAGUAAAUAAAUUAGUCAGAAAUGUGCAUUUUUGGGUUCAAAGAAUGGAAAGUUGUCUAGGAGUUUGUGGGAAAUUCUGAAAUUUUAUUCUUUUUUGGAUUGAAAAAAAAAUUAAUAAAAAAUUAUAUCAAAAUUUUGAAACGUAUUCUUUUUGUUUUUGAAAAAUUGGAAUCUUUUAGUCAAAAUUCGACUAGAAAUGGCUUUUGAGCUGAAAACCAAGAAUAAAUUAAACUAUGACGUGGCAAUUCGAAAAUUUAAAGUUUUUAGGGAAACCCCCAUUAAUUUUUGUGCUCUUUCCAUGAAAAAGCCACAUUUCUGGAUUUUCUGAACGAAAAUCGAGAAUUUUCAGUUUGUGGGCCCGAAGAACAUCAAAUUUCUCAAUUUUUGCCGAAAAAAAAUUUUUUUCACUUCAAAAUUUAAUUUAAAAGUUGUUUUUCAUUGAAUUUUUAAAAAUCUGCGAUUUUCUAAUUUUUCUCCUCUCUGAAAAGUUGAAAAUCUUCAGAUUUUUAAUAAGUUCAGUAGAAUUUGACCUGAAAUUUCUGAUUUUUCUGUUUUUCUUCUUUUUCUUCAAAACUACAGUGAAUCAAAUUUUCCAGAAUUUUUUAUGCAAAAAAUUCUGAACAUCAAAAUUUCUGUCUGUGAAUUUGAAAAUCUUCAGGUUUUUCAGAAAUUCAGUAGAACUUUGUCAAAUUUUACCUUUUUUUCUGAUUUUUCUGUAUUUUGCUAAUGUAAUUUUUUGUCCGAAAUUGAGGUUACUCUAGUUUUUUUCUGAACUUCAGAAUUUAUACUCAAAACUUCUCUCUGAAAAUUUGAGAAUCUUCAGGUUUUUCAGAAAUUCAGUAGAACUUUAUGCUUCAAAUUUGAGUUUUCUCUAUUUCCAACUUUUUUCCCCCAAAUCUACAGUUACCCAAGAUUUCUAGAAUUUUUUAUUCAAAUUUUUUUGGUCAUGAAAUUUGGAAAAGUCCCCCAUUCCUCAAUCGUCUCAUAAAAUGUCCUAUAUAUUUUUCGCUGCGCGCGCGUCGAAAUGUUGUAUGUUGAAUUGCCGUCGGGUAAUUUGUGUUUGUCCGAGUUCAUGCAUCAUCAUCUUUUAUUUUUCCCUCUCUCAACUCUCCUCACUUCACACACUCUCUCACCGAUCGGUUGUCGUGAUCAUGUGUUCCUAUGGGCUGCUGCUGUGCGCGGGGAGAGCGCAUGCGCGCACAAAAGUUUUUUGUUUGAGAGACGCAGACACCACUUUUCGCAAAAAAAUCCGGUUUUUGCCUGUCUAUUUCCAUUUCCACUGGAUUUUUUGCCGACAGGAAUUAGUGGCAUACAGUAGGAAAUAAUGGGGGGUUUUUUUGACAAAAAAACUAAAAAAAAUACCAAUAAUAAUAAUUGGAUGGGAAUAUUUAGUGGUUUGAACAAAAAACCUAAAACCUAGAAUUACAGUACGAAAUUUUACAGAAAUCCUGGAUUUUUUCUGAAAAUUUGACGUUUAAGGUGUUAUUAAGGUUUACCCGGAAUCGCUCAAAACCGGGCCCUGUGAGCCACGUUUUUGGGCUCCAAAAUUUGAAGAAGCGGCCCUGAAACCGUGAAGUUUCUUGAAAAUCGAUAUGAAAUUUGAGAUCUCCAGCUUCUUCUCUAGAUUCUAGAACCUUUAGGGCCAAAAUUUAAUAGCUAACAUAAAAAUCUGGAAAUUUUUUCAAGUUACCAAAAAUUUGGAACUUUUGUUUCGUACAAUGGAUUUUUGGAAAAAUUGUUAGACCUAUGACGUGGAUUUCUGGUGAGCGUGGAAAACUUGAAAAUUUUGAUCCAACAUAAAUUUGAAAUUUUUGCCCAUCAAUUUCACAGGUUCCGAAAAAUGGGUUUCUUUGUUCAAAGUAUUAAAGUUCUCAUUUGUGGCGCCAGAAAUCCGAAUUUUCUAUACAAUAUUUGACGUCAGAAAUCCACGUCAUAGGUACAAAAAAAUUUGGGGAAGAAUCCCUUGUUUUUUUUGUUCAUUCAUUCAUCGAAUUAUCUUAUCAAUGCAUAUCCUUUUCUUUUUGUUUUGUAUAUAUUUUAUACAGAAGAAAGACAGAUUCUUUCAAUUGUCUGACAAAUAAAAAAAAUGAAUGAAUGAAAAACAAAUUAAAUGUACUUUACACUGUAAUUCGAAUUCGAAUUUGAUGAACAAAAAACAAUUGUUUUUUAUUUCAAAAAACAAAAAAAAAUUAUCUGAUUGAACACGAGAAAAAACAAAUUUUUGACGAAAAAUAGGAAUUUUAUCGAUUUUUUGAAAAUUUGAGGAAUUUUAUCGAUUUUUUCGGGGAAGGAGGCGAUUUUUCACACUAUAAAGACAUUCGACCUGGAAUUUAGCCUAACUCGGAUUUUUAUUGAGAUAGGAGAGAUUUGAGUUAGCCUAAAUCUAGAAUUUCUUGAUAAAAAAUUGCCAAAGAAAUCCCUGGUUUUCCUGGAAUUUUAUUGAUUUUUUUUGGGAAGAAGACGAUUUUUUAGAACACUAUAAAGACAUGGAAAUUAGCUUAAAUUAAAUUUUUCUAGAACUUUUAGUUCCUCUAAUUAAAAAGGAUUUUUUAAUUAGCCUAACUCUAGACUUUCACAGAAUUUUUCAAAUUUUUUCAGUGCGUUGAAUACAAAGAUGACUACAAUGAGCACCACCCUGCAAUCAUCGCAUUCUGGAAAGCCUUCUAUCAACUCACCGAUGAGCAAAAAAAGAAAUUCCUGCAAUUCCUGUCGGGUUCAACACGUCUCCCGGUUGCUGGAAUGUCAGCACUUCAAGUCACCAUUCAACCAUCUGCAGAUACUUCUCUCCCAGUCGCGCAUACUUGUUUCAAUCUGCUGGAUUUGCCAAAUAUUUCUGAUGCUGACGAACUUCUUCGACGACUUUUGAUUUCCAUUGAACAUACCGAAGGUUUCACGCUCGUUUGAUCUGCUUUUUGUAAAAAAAAAUUUGUGAUAUAUUUAUUUUUUUUUUGGAAUUUCCGGUGUUUCUUCAUUUAUAAAAAUUAUUUUAUUUUAAUUUUUUUCAAAUUUAUUUUCCUCAAAAUGGUUUUCACCUUUAAAAAUACCGAAAAUUUAAGUUAAUUAUUGCAAUUAAAAAUUAUUAAACAGAGAUGAAGAAAUUGUUGGUAAUCAUCAAACCGGAGAUUGUUGCCCAUCAAAUUUUGAAAAAGGUAAAAUUUUGAAAAUUUUUUCGAUAGAGCGAGGUUGCUCUGUUGAACCUGGAAAUCUGGUAUUCACCCCCAAAGUUCUGGAAUUUUGAAUUUUCAAAAUUCAAAUUGUUUUCUGGAUUUUCAGCUGGGUACCCUUCAGAAUCUGGAAAUCCGGUUUUUACUUUUAAAAAAAUUCUAGAAUUCUAGAAUUUUUUUAAACUUCAAAUUUCAUUUUUUUAAAUUUUUGAAUUUUCUCCCUAGGUAGUUAUUAUAAAUUUGUAUAUUCCAAAUCCCCCUCUCUUCAUCUUUUCCCCGCCGAAAAACGUUCCGCCACUUUCGAUUAAUGCGAAGCUGCAAGUUUGACCCCAAUUUUACACUGAUCGCCUAUAUGUAGGUCAAAUUCACUUUUCCCUUUGCCGAACCGGAUCAAAAGAGAGACGAUUUAUUUUAUUUUAUAAAGCUUUUUGUGUGGAAAAUGAGAAGAUUUUCUGUAGGCGGCUAUCAAUGAAUUGAAGCAAAAAGGAAUUGAGAUUGAGGAAAUGCGAAUGAUGAGAAUUGGAAGGAAUUUAGCCGAAAAACUCUAUCAGCAACAUAAAGGUGAAUGGAAAAAAGUGGAAGAUUCGAGAAAUUAGAACGGGAAAAAUAUUCUGAAACAAUUCUGAGAGUUUCUGAAUCUAGGGGAAAAUUGGUACAUUUUGAUAUAUCCUUACAAGUUUCGAGAUCUAAAUCUGAUCACCUAGAAGUUCUGAACAUUUUUGAAAUAGUCCAAGUUCAGGACCACUCGCACUGUCGUCAAUGCGGAGUCUCGUUGUUUUUUGAAAAAAAAAUUUUGGACCAUUUUUGAAUAGUCGAUGUUUUUGGUUCAUUAAAAUUAUUUCUAUUCAAAAAAAAAUUUUUUUCAAAAAACAUUUUCCUUAAAAAAAGGCUUAAAUUUCUCGAAUAAGGCUAACAUUUCCUUAACUAAGGCCAAAAUUUUUUGAAGGAGGUUUAAAUUCCUUAAUUAAGUCAAAAAUUCCUUAAAUAAGGCUGAAAUUCCUUAAAUAAGGCAGAAGUUUCUUAAAUAAGGCUGGAAUUUCUUUAAUGAUGCUGUAAUUCCUUAAAAAAUGAUGAUAUUUCACAAAAUUCCAGCCUAUAAACCUGAAAAUCUAACCUAUUUUUUCAAAAAAAGUAAAAAACAAGAAAUCAUCAUUCCGGUUCACUUCUCCCUUUCUCGCAACCAGUGUUUUCCAGACAAAUUCUUCUACAAUCGAUUAGUUCGACAUAUCACAAGUGGCGAAGUGUUGGCCCUCCGCGUCAUCGGAAAUCCACGUGAUUGUAUCGGAUCCAGCCGACUUUGUAGCUGA